AUGUCAAAUUACGGCCCACCCAACAAUCAUGGUGACCCUUACUAUGGCCAGCAGGGCCAAGGUUACUAUCCGCCCAACCAGGACCCAAGCUUUCUACCCCAGCAACAGUUUUACAACCCCGCACCACAACAGUAUAGCCAGCCACCAUAUAGUGAACAGGCCGUGACUCGCCAAAGUUAUGCUGCUACCCCGGUUCCCUAUGACCAACAAUACUCGCAAGGCCCCCAUCCUGGAGGUCCUGCUCCCUCCCACCAGUACCCUCCACAAUUCCCCAGUCAAGAUCGCGGGAACUCGCCCUACCCUCCCAAUCAACAGCAUCUGAGCAGCGGCGAGAGCGCAUCAUAUUAUGGGAGUGGCGUGCCACCUCAACCUCAACCGGGCUAUGCCGCAGGCCCUGGAGGCCCCGAGGGCGAUAAAGGACUGGGUUCCACGCUACUUGGGGGUGCUGCUGGGGGGUUCGCUGGCCAUAAAUUGGGCGGUGGUUUCCUUGGGACCGCGGGUGGUGCAGUAUUAGGUGCAGUGGGAAUGAAUAUGGCAACCCAUGAGAUUAAGGAUCAUAAGAAACACAAGGAAAAGAAAGAGAAGAAACAUAAGAAAGAAAAACAUCACAAGCACCACAAGCGUCGCGGCUCAGGCUCGAGUUCUAGUUCAAGCUCCUCAAGCUCCUCAAGCGAUUGA